AUGGAUUAUGUUUUCAGUUCACCCAUAAAAGUUGCCAAUUCAAGGUUAUCGUAUUUUCGCGUGAGACCACUUCAGUUCUGCUUGAGGGUGAUCAUCAGUUCUGCUUUAGCUCUGCUUUCGUUCUGCUUUAGUUCUGCUGGUGUUUUUGGAGUUGGUGUUCUGCUUGAGGGUGAUCCUGCUGUUCUGCUGCUGUUAAGACAGAAAACUAUUAUUGCUAUUGUAACAUAUGAUAAUGUUGGAAUAAUGGAGUUGGUGGUUGAGAGGUUUGCAUUGUUGCAAUUCAAGCAUAUGUUUACUAUAAACAGCUCUAGCGAUGCUUCUUUGUGGUGUGGCGAUUUGGCUUCUCCAAAGAUGUUAUCUUGGAACGAGAGUUGUUCUGAUUGUUGUUCGUGGGAAGGAGUCACGUGUGAUGGUCUGACGGGUCACGUGAUUGGGCUUGACCUCAGUUGUAGCCAGCUCUACGGCAGUAUCCAUCCUAACAGUAGCCUCUUCCAACUCUCUCACCUCCACCACCUCAAUCUCCCCUUCAAUCACUUCAAUUACUCCCACAUUCCAUCAGCAUUUGCUCACUUUCCCAAUUUGACACAUCUCAACCUAUCUUCUUCCAGUUUUUCAGACUCAAUCCCAUCAGAAAUUCGCCACCUGUCCAAACUAGUUUCACUCGAUCUCUCCUCCUAUGUUGUACCGAUGUCUUUCACGAAUAUGUCUUCUUUGACAUCUCUCGAUCUUAGUUACACCGGGUUGCAUGGGAAAUUACCGGAUAGCAUUUUUCACCUUCCAAACUUGCAAAUUCUCUAUUUAGGAGGCAACUAUGAUCUCACUGGUAAUUUACCCAAAGUAAACUGGAGUAGUACUAGUUCCCUCCAGCGGUUGUAUCUCUGGUCUACGAGUUUUUCUGGAGAAUUACCUGAUUCAAUUGGCUAUCUCAGGUCUUUGACAUCCUUGUAUCUCGGUGAUUGCAAAUUCUCCGGGUCCAUUCCUGAAUCACUCGGGAACCUUACACAGAUCACUUAUAUAUACUUGGGGGGAAAUAGUUUGAACGGUCAGAUCCCAUUUACUCUCUCAAAUCUUAAUCAGCUCAUUUUCUUGGAUCUUUCUGGAAAUAAUCUCCAGGGAAAAAUUCCUAAUUUUAUCGGUAAGCUGAUAAAGCUAGAGUAUUUAGCACUUGGAGAUAACAAUUUCAAUGGUCCAUUUCCAGGUUGGGUAGGCAACCUGACAAAACUUGCUACUUUACAUUUAUCAAGUAGUGAACUGAUGGGUCCCAUUCCCUCCAUCAUUAGUGGGCUACACAACCUACAAGCACUUCACUUGCGCAAUAACUCACUGAAUGGGACACUACCAUAUUAG